CAGAGGUAGCGUCCACAGAAGUAGAGUCGUUUAAAUCGUCAACAAACUCAGACAAGUUGUUCUUGCGUCCUUAUACGCGUCAGCUAGCUUGUGUAAACUCAAUUUUCCACGGCAAAUGUGAGCUUAUUCAAAGUUUCAGAGAUUACAUAGGUAUGAUGAAAGUUGGAGGUGCACAUAUAAAGCUCAGAACAGUAAUAGACCUACGUUAUGUCAGCGCUCGACAGACCCGCGGCGGACCUCACCGUCAUGGAUGUGUACGAUAUAGCUGCGGUGAUCGGACAAGACUUUGAGCGGGUCAUAGACAAGUUUGGCUGUGAGUGUCUGGUCGGGGUGAUACCCCACGUGGUGCGGGUGCUGGAGUUCCUGGAGACAUUGGUGAGCCGCGGAGCUGCCAGACAGGAGGUCGAGGAGCUGCAAAGAGAGGUGGACAGGUUGCGCCAGGAGCGCAGCGAUCGAUAUGAGCAGGAGAGGAAACAUCAGAAGGAGUUGGAACAAGUUGAAGAUGUAUGGAGAGGAGAAGUCCAGGACAUGCUUUCUCAAAUCGCUCAGCUUAAAGCAGAGAACAAGAGGCUUCUAGUGAGCCUCUCUCUGAAAGAAUCCCCGAUCACAGAAGAGGAUCUGCAAAAACAUGACGCAGGAAUGUCAGAGACAGAAAACCAAGUGAUGAAGAGGCUGAAAGACUUGGUGGAUAAACAAAGGGAUGAAAUCCGGGCGAAAGACAAUGAGCUGUUGCUAAGAAAUGAUGAUGUAGAAGCGCUCCAGUUGCAGCAGCAUCGUCUGAUAAAGAUCAACCAGGACCUUCUUCACAAGGUAGGCGUGAUGGAAGCUCAGGGCAAGGCAGUGAUUCAGCAGAGGGCUGAGCUGGAGGCAGCAGCCCAGGCACGGCAGCAGGAGCUUGGAGCUCUGCAGCUGGAGGUCGCGGUGCUAAGAAAGGAGCUCAAGGAGAGGGAACUGCAGAAAGAACUCGCUGAAAUAGAGGAGUCCUCCCUUUCACUAUCUGAGAUGUCACCACCACUAUCAGCACUGAUAACUUCCCCAUCAACAACACCUUUUAACCCCAUCAAACCAAAGUCAGUAUGGAUGGAGUGUGGAGGGGAUCCCAGCUUUGUGGCAACAUGCUUUGAGUGUGACAAGAGCCUUUCAGUUUUGCCAAAAUCUGCAAAAGGAGAGAAACAUGAAGAAAACGUUGACAAAGAUAAAGACACAGCAGCACAGUUUCCGAGCGGAUCAACUGAUACAGAGCUAGAGGAAGAGCCAGACAGCCCGGAUCAGGAAAUAGACAAACCUCGAUUUACCCUGCAGGAGCUGCGGGACGUCCUGCUGGAGAGGAAUGAACUCAAAGCCCAAGUGUUCAUGCUCCAGGAAGAGCUGGCAUAUUAUAAAAGUGAGGAGCUUGAGGAUGAUAUUAGUCCAGAUGUUUCUGCUUUGUCUCUUCCAUCACACUCUCCUUCAACUGAUCAGCCUGAAUCAGGAAUAAGACGCUUGAUCUUCACUGCCAUAAUGCCAAUGGUAGCAGCGGGUUUGAUCACAGAUGAUCCCACGUUGUUGCCAAUCAGGAGACUUGUUUCCUUUAUAUGAGUAUGUAAUGAAAUUCUUAUUU